GUCACACCCUUCCUUCUCGGCAGUGGUAGAACCGAAAACGAGUACGGAGAAGGUUGAUCUGAAGCUCGAGAUUGAGGAAGACAAGCAUGCGGGGUGGACGAAUGUGGAGGAGAUCUGCAAGGUGCAUCCACCAAUUUGGAUGGAAAAGACCUCAAUGGUCGAAAGCGAGCCCUAAUUUGACCAGAAGGUCGUAUUUUUGCCGAAGUAAAGCCGGCGAAAUGCGGGGAGACACGGCAUCCAUUCCCACAAUCUCCUACCACCACAAGUCAUUGCAAGUGGCAAGGAACAAACCAUGUCAUACUACCUCUCCAUGGUAAUAAGCGGCGAAGGCAAAGACCCCAAGCAUCGAUCUCACUGGGCAUUCGCAAUCCACCAGCCGGCACAAGUCAUCGGUGAUCUUCUACACGUGCGGCCCAUUGAUUUAGGCCGCUUGUGGUACGAAUUCGAACAUCGCUCGGACUCGGACCUCAUUCUGGUGGAUGCUAUAGGAUUAGCGAAGAUCGCAGAUUUGGAUGGCUCACAGCGCCUGCAAGCGAUCAGUGUGAUCAGAGAUGAGAUGGCCCCCAAGGAUGGCGUGAGAAGGUGCCAGGAUUGGGUCUUCAGUGCUUUGAUUGCGCUUGAGGUGGAGGAACUGGUUCCGGCUGGGACGUCUGAGUUGUGGAAGGGGCUAAUGGGGAGAACUGCAACGGAGGUAGAGAAGGUUGUUGGACCCGAAUGGACGAGUUUUCGUGGAUGUCAGAGCUCGCUGAGAUAGUGUUCUGGGAGGUAGGUUCUUAAUAUCCCAUUAAACUCUGGAAAGUAGGGCAAUCAAGUACUAAGUACCCAUACCGUGUAGGCGUCGAGGAGU